GCAGCUGAGUUAGAUGAUUUAAUGAGUUGCAACAUACAAAGAUGCCAACCUUGGAUGACAUUUUAGAGCAGAUCGGAGAAUUUGACUUCUUUCAGAAACAAGCCCUCUUUGUCUUAUGCCUGCUUUCUGCUGCCUUCACCCCAGUGUACGUGGGUGUCGUCUUCUUCGGGUUCAUCCCUGAGCAUCGCUGCUUCAGCCCCGGGGUGGCUGAGCUGAGCCAGCGGUGUGGCUGGAGCCCAGAGGAGCAGCUCAACCACACAGUUCCCGAGUGGGGCGGCCAUGGGGCCAGUUUUGGCAGCCGCUGCAGGAGGUACGAGGUGGACUGGAACGCGACGGGCAUCAGCUGCACCGACCCCCUUGGCAGCCUCGUGGGCAACUGGAGCACCGUCCCCCUCAGUCCCUGCCAGGAUGGCUGGGUCUACGACUCCCCAGGGACCUCUCUCGUGACCGAGUUUAACCUGGUGUGUGAGGACUCCUGGAAGCUGGACCUCUUCCAGUCGUGUGUGAACGCCGGGUUUUUUAUUGGCUCCAUGAGCAUUGGCUACAUAGCAGACAGGUUUGGCCGCAAACUCUGCCUCCUGGUCACAAUCCUCAUCAAUUCGGCCUCAGGGGUUCUCAUGGCCUUUGCGCCGAGCUACACCUGGACAGUGAUCUUCCGCCUGAUACAGGGACUGGUCAGCAAGGGGGGCUGGCUGACAGGCUACGUCCUCAUUGCAGAAUUUGUUGGCUCUAACUACCGGAGGGCAACGGGCAUCAUUUACCAGCUUGCCUUCAGCCUGGGACUCCUGGUCCUCACUGCCCUGGCUUAUGCGCUUCCACACUGGAGGUGGCUCCAGCUUACGGUCACACUGCCCAAUUUCUUCUUCCUGCUCUAUUAUUGGUGUCUGCCUGAGUCUCCCAGGUGGCUCAUAUCUCAAAAGCAAAAUGACAAAGCUAUGGAAGUUAUUAAGCGCAUCGCCAAGGGAAAUAAGAAGAAGCUACCUCUCUCUUUCCAGAAUCUCAACUCCGAAGAUGAAGAUGGAGAAAAGCGGAAACCUUCAUUUCUAGACCUGGUCAGGACACCUCAGAUCAGAAAACACACGUGCAUUUUGAUGUACAGUUGGUUCACAAGCUCCGUCCUCUACCAGGGGCUCAUCAUGCACAUGGGAAUAGCUGCUGGGAACAUGUACCUGGAUUUCCUCUAUUCUGCGCUUGUCGAGUUUCCAGCCGCCUUCAUCCUCAUGCUAACACUGGAUCGCAUUGGCCGUCGCUACCCCUGGGCUGCGGCAAACGUGAUGGCAGGUGGUGCUUGCCUUGUUGCAGCGUUAGUCCCAGACACUCUUUACUGGCUUAAAAUGACUGGAGCUUGCUUGGGCAGGAUGGGGAUUACCAUGUGCUACGAAAUUAUUUGUGUGGUAAAUCCUGAGCUGUAUCCAACAUUUCUCAGGAACCUGGGAGUCCUCGUCUGCUCGUCCAUGUGUGACCUUGGUGGGAUUAUAACGCCCUUCCUUGUGUACAGACUGGCAGAGGUCUGGCAUGAACUGCCCCUGGUCGUCUUUGCUGUGAUUGUUUUAAUUGACGGUGGCUUGGUUUUGCUCCUACCUGAGAUGAAGGGAAAGAAUCUGCCUGAGACCAUUGAAGAUGCUGAAAAUCUGCACAGGAAAGAGAGAAGCAAAGAAAAAAUUAUUUAUCUCCACGUUCUGACUUCCGAAGCUGCCUCCAAGUAAGAAUCAUAGAAUCAUUUUGGUUGGAAAAGACCUUUAAGAUCAUCGAGUCCAACCAUUAACCUAACACUGCCAAGUCUACCACUAAACCAUGUCCCUAAGCGCCACAUCUGCACAUCUUUUAAAUACCUCCAGGGAUGGUGACUCAACCACUUCCCUGGGCAGCCUGAUCCAAUACUUGACAACCCUUUCAGUGAAGAAAUUUUUUCUAAUACCCAAUCUAAACCUCCCCUGGCACAACUUGAAGCCAUUUCCUCCUGUCCUAUUGCUUGUUACUUGGAAGAAGAGCGCCCUCAACACCACAUGCAGGGGACGAGCCAGGCCAACGUGGUGAUCUUUUCCCCAUUGCACCUUCCCAGCUGCCAGCAGUCUGUGGCUUGGGGACUUCCUGAGCCAGAGGUCGUCUGCCCGCAUUUCUGCUUGAGUCCCUCGUGGACCGUCCUUCCACAAAUUUUUCUAUUUGCCUUCUGAACACAUUCAUGCUUCUGGCAUUCCAGGGCAUCUCGCAUCAGCAACUUGUGUGGUGUGAGUGGGAAAUUCAUGAAGGAACAGUCUUCUGCUUGUUAUAAAACUAAAAAUCUCUUUGUGCCGCUCACUUGCAGUUCAUUUCUGUAGUGAGCAGGAGUGCAUUCGUGAGCCCAACUCACCUCCUCCAAGCUACACCUGAUUCUGCCUGAAAGCAAGCAUCUGUACACAGUAACUGGUUUACUGUCACAAUUCCCCCUACACCCCUUUAAAUCCGACUGACACCAGUCAGUCCUGAUGCCCAGCAGGUCAGCUUUGUGAGACAGCUCUGGCUGCCCAGCAGUGAGCGCUGCCACUGCAGAGCCCGCUUCAGGAGUCCGGGGCAUCCAGAAGCCCCUCUUCCCUCCCAGUUUACUCUUCUUCCAGAGAAAUAAGUACAAAAAGUAAGUACUUCUAAGCCCAGACUGGCUUUUAAGCUUUGAUGUCCCAGAAUUUGACUGGAUAUUAGGCAAGCUGGAAAAUGAAAAGGAAGGCAAAGAGGAGUUAGAGGCAGUGAAGCCUCAUGACGUGGGGGACUGCGUGCAACUAGAUCAUCAUUAGGGAUCAGUGAUGGGGCAGAGGGAGGAAGCCUCAUCACAGACACCCACUGGGAGAGGCAUGAACAAUAACAGGACACGGUGCAUAUUAAAGCAUAUUCAUGUUUGUAUU